AAUUCUUCUCCCUGCUGGACCUCUGGUAGCAGCUUCAUAAGGUGGGAUGGACGGCAGGGUCUCAGGCACAACCAGUAAUGGAGACACAAACCCAGCAUACCCAGGCCUGGAAAAGGCGGAGGAAGACGACACCCUGGAGCGGGGCCACUGGAACAACAAGAUGGAGUUUGUGCUGUCAGUGGCCGGGGAGAUCAUCGGUUUAGGCAACGUCUGGCGGUUUCCCUAUCUCUGCUACAAAAACGGGGGAGGUGCCUUCUUCAUCCCCUACCUCAUCUUCCUCUUCACCUGUGGCAUUCCCGUCUUCCUCCUGGAGACUGCUCUGGGCCAGUACACGAGCCAGGGGGGCGUCACAGCCUGGAGGAAGAUCUGCCCCAUCUUUGAGGGCAUCGGCUAUGCCUCCCAGAUGAUCGUCAUCCUCCUGAACGUCUACUACAUCAUCGUGCUGGCCUGGGCCCUCUUCUACCUCUUCAGCAGCUUCACCACGGACCUUCCCUGGGGAAGCUGCCACCACGAGUGGAACACGGGGUGCUGCUCCUUGGGUGCUGGGCUGUCACCGAGCGCUGGCUUCCGCUGUGUCGGCGCGCAGGCCGACGUGGGGAGGGUCUCGGAGGCGAGCUUGCCCAGCUCUCCUCAGGCCGUGCUGCCCUUUCCUCAGGCGUGUGCCCGCUGGCGUGUAGAGCGCACACGUACAUGCAGUCCCCACUCACCACCUGUGUGCUCAGCUGCAUGUAUGCUGUCUCCUGCCCACCUGUCCCCACACACACUGAUGCUCGCCCAGGGCUCGGCCCUGUGUCAGAGAGCCCUAAAACCCGGGAGGCGCGUCCUGAAGCUCUCCGCCGGUAUCCAGCAGCUGGGCGCCCUGCGCUGGGAGCUGGCGCUGUGCCUCCUACUGGCCUGGGUCGUCUGCUACUUCUGCAUCUGGAAGGGCGUCAAGUCCACGGGCAAGGUGGUGUACUUCACAGCCACCUUCCCCUACCUCAUGCUGGUGGUCCUGCUGAUUCGAGGGGUGACGCUGCCUGGGGCGGCCCAAGGAAUCCAGUUUUACCUGUACCCCAACCUCACCCGGCUGUGGGAUCCCCAGGUGUGGAUGGACGCGGGCACCCAGAUCUUCUUCUCCUUCGCCAUCUGCCUGGGGUGCCUGACGGCCCUGGGCAGCUACAACAAGUACCACAACAACUGCUACAGGGACUGCAUCGCCCUCUGCUUCCUGAACAGUGCCACCAGCUUUGUGGCCGGCUUCGUGGUCUUCUCCAUCCUGGGCUUCAUGUCCCAAGAGCAGGGGGUGCCCAUCUCUGAGGUGGCCGAGUCAGGUCCUGGGCUGGCCUUCAUCGCGUUCCCCAAGGCCGUGACUAUGAUGCCCUUGUCCCAGCUGUGGUCCUGCCUCUUCUUCAUCAUGCUCAUAUUCCUAGGGCUGGACAGCCAGUUCGUCUGCGUGGUGGCCAUGUUCCCCAGCCAGCGCCGAAAGAGCGGGCGGCGCGAGCUCCUCAUCCUCGCCAUCGCGGUCGCGUGCUACCUGAUGGGGCUCUUCCUGGUCACCGAGGGCGGGAUGUACAUCUUCCAGCUGUUCGACUACUAUGCCUCCAGCGGCAUCUGCCUGCUCUUCCUCUCGGUGUUCGAGGUCGUCUGCAUCAGCUGGGUGUACGGGGCGGACCGUUUCUAUGACAACAUCGAGGACAUGAUUGGCUACCGGCCGUGGCCCCUGGUGAAGAUCUCCUGGCUCUUCCUGACCCCUGGGCUUUGUGUGGCCACGUUCCUCUUCUCCCUGAGCAAGUACACCCCGCUCAGAUACAACAACGUCUACGUGUACCCGCCCUGGGGCUACUCCAUCGGCUGGCUGCUGGCCCUCUCCUCCAUGGCCUGCGUCCCUCUCUUCGUCAUCGUCACGCUCCUGCAGACUCAGGGUUCCUUCAGGAAGCGCCUGCAGCAGCUGAUCACCCCCGACUCCAGCCUGCCCCAGCCCAGGCAGCACCCCUACCCUGACCGCAGCGCCGGUCAGCCACGCGGGCCUUCCCUGACAAAGGAGGGGCUGAUAGCCGGCGAGAAGGAGACCCAUCUGUAGGCUGUGGCCUGAGGCUCGGUGGCUGCUGAGCGGGGACCAGGUCAGGGCCACUCUCCACCCCCAGGGGGCAGCGUCUGCCUCUGUCCCCUGCACAGCCCUGCUGAGAACCUCUGGGGACCCCUGGGCACCCUAGUCAGAGGCCAGGCCCCUCUCCUCCCCUCAGCUGGGCCAGCUUCUUUGGGGGGUAGGGUGGCACCCCGGGACAUGCCCUCUGUGAAGCACCCCUCUUUGGAACGCUGUCUUAUUUAUAAAGGGAAGUGGUCUCUGCGGAGCCCACCGUCUGCCUGUA